GCGACAUUGCCCUCGCCAUCCGAAACAGUCCUGAAUCCUGAAUCUCUGCAGAAAACCCGUGCUCUUCGGUGUCCUUGCUUCAUUGACACCCACCGUUGACUUGACGCGUCCAAACGCGUCGCCGACUUGACCUUCCUGAUUCUGAGUACCGCCUUCCGCAAACGGGAUGCCUCCGCCCGCUCCUCCUGGCAUGUCUUCUUUCCAAGCGACGUUGACUUCCUCAAACAUGUCGGCUCUUACUGACGCCCAGCUGCGAGCCGCAGUCAGUUCGUUGUCUAGUGCCGCUGCGGCGACAUCAUAUUCGGGCGCAAAAGGCGGUUUAUUUGAACCAAAACAAUACACCGUGCCUACGUUUGAUUCUAAGAGAUGGCAAGGAAGUGCGACGCCGACGGGUAAAACUGCCCCGCCGCGUCAGCGUAAAGUGGCUAGGGGGACGCCAACAGCUUCAACACCAGCACCAACAACCAGUUAUGCGCAAACGCAACAAGCAGUACCGCGUCCCGCUCCAGCAACGUUACAACCCCCUGCACCGCAAGUCGCACGAUCACCGUUACCAACUACGCCGCAAGCUCUGACAACGACGUAUGCGUCGCGGCUACGAACAGGCGCGACUCUCCUUAUGCAGCCCAUCCUGGCGUCUACGUCAAAUUCAACUUUAGGCGCUGGUCGAACAGGAACACGGCGCGGCGGUGUCAUCAACUAUGCCGAACCUGACUCGGGUGAUGAAGUGGUUGAGCCAGACGCUGGGGAGAAGGACCGGGACUCUGAGGAUUCAGACUUCAUUGCAAGUGGUGGCUUGCGCACGUCCGUACGCGCUACACGCAGGAUAGGUCCGAAUGGAUUUUAUCAGUACUCUUUCUCGGGGAGUCCUGCUCCACAGGCUGGGCAAGGGAGGCUGGAACUUGAUCAGAGUUACCUGGGGAUGGAACCUCCUUCAAAAUUCAUAAAACCGAAGAGGGCCGAGCCGACGCGCCAUGAAUAUCCCUCUCAAGAAGCGUUAGAAAACCAGGCUUUGAAACCAGUCGCUCUUGUACCAGUUCGUGUCGAGUUUGAAACAGACACGCAUCGGAUACGGGAUUGCUUCAUGUGGGACCUCAAUGAUGAUCUUAUCAAACCGGAAUCAUUUGCGCGAAUAUUCUGUCAAGACCUUGACUUGCCGACUUCUUCAUGGGUAGAAACGAUAUCAAACCAAAUUCGAGCUCAGGUAGAAGAAUAUGAGGGAUUAGCGACGAUGGACCUUGGUUCAAGUGCCUAUGGCUAUGAGGAAGUGAAUUCGGAAGAGGCGAUGGAUGUGGAUGUACCGGAAUGCCGAGUUAUUCUGAGUAUUGAUGUACAAAUCGCUACCUACCACCUUAUGGACCACAUUGAGUGGGACCUAUUAUCUCCUCUAACACCCGAGGCCUUUGCACAACAACUAUGUGCAGAUAUAGGUCUCUCAGGCGAGGGCAUACCAAUAAUCGCUCACGCCCUACACGAAGAAAUCCUCAAACACAAAAAGGACGCUAUCGAAUGGGGUGUCAUCGGCGGAGAAACUACUUCUCGGGAUGUCCAAGAUGACACUCCCACAGAUAAAGAUAAAAAAGAAAAAAGCUCCUUGAAAGACAAGACAGGACUGGGAUUAGGUCCAGGAGCUUGGAGUCGGCCACCGCGAGAUGGGUUGGGGCGAGGUCCGCGUGCAUUGAAAAGUGUUUGGAAAGAUUGGAACGAAGCAGAGGAAUAUGCGAGUCGGUUUGAGGUACUUACGGCAGAGGAAGUUGAGAGGAGGGAGAUUGAACGUGAGAGGGCCAGUCGACGACUUCGGAGGGAAACGUCCAAGUUUCAGUUCAGCUCGCGAAGACGGAGAUAG